AUGUGCCUGUCCUCCGGCUCCUCUGAGGGCUCCGGCUCCGGCUCCGACGAGCAGGGAGGCGGCUCCGACUCUGACUCCGAGGACAUCAACGUCGACGAACAGGGCCGGCCCGCCAUCGGCGGAUCGAUCGACCUCUCGACCCGGGUCUUUGACGGCGCGCUGCCCUCCGGCGCCGACCCCGGGCCGCUCAUCGCCGACUGCGAGGCCGUCUUCACGGCGCGGGCGACCGGCGCGGGCGAGGGGCUCUCCUCCGGAGCCACUUUUUGGGUGGCGGCCAACGCGAAGCCGAAAACGGCGCUCGAGCGGCUCGCGUUGCAAAUCUUUGCGCAUCACGCGGCCGGCGCGGAGUACGACCCGUCGCGCUCGGGCGCCGAGUGGUGGACGGUCGUCAUCGACGAUACCGACGACGCCGACCAGGGGCUGCUGCUGCACCCGCACCUCGCCACCGUCACCUACCUCGCCUGCCCAGCGGCGGCGGCGCCGACGCUGGUGCUGGAGCGGCCGUCGCCGCUGCUCGCGACGGAGACCGCCCCACCGCCGUGCGGCGCGCCUUGGGGCGCCGAGCCGCUGGGCAAGAAGCUGGCGAAGAGGCUGGCGGCCCCCGCCUCGACCUCGCUCAUCCUCCGGGAGGCGACCCUCUCGCGCGGCGCCGCCGUCGGGCCGCGCGGCGCGAGGAUGCAGCUCGCGCUGCCUUGGCCGACGGAGGCGGUCGCCGCCGCCGCCGCCGCGGACGGGUUUGCGCGGGUGGCCUUUUCGGACGGGGCGGGCGCGGUGCUGGCGCCGGCGCCCAAAGCGGCGGCGCGGGAGAGAGCCGGCGGCAAGCGCCGAUCCCGCGACAAGGGCGGGGAGUCGCGGGCGGCAGCCGAGCCCGCGGCGAGGCGCGCGAGGGGACGGGACGCGGCGACGGCGAGGCGGUGA